CGCAAAAAGGUAAAAAUCAAUAAUCUAAAGGUGAUCUUUUUCCGUUUGUCAACAGACUUCUACAGCAUGACUUUGACCCCAGUCCCGGAGAAAAGCCGGGAGAGGUCUAUGCUAUCAACAGAAGAUACUACAACCACAAGGACAGAUCAACAUAAAAAUGAACCCAGACCGAUCAGCACGAAACAUCAAUGGGAGGGUCGGAAAGCAUUGGGUGAGGGAUACGAUCCACCUAUAACAGAACGAGAGACGUGGUGGAGAACGUAUAUUCGGGAAACCCCAUUACCUGGUGCCUAUGAAACAGAUUCAUUUUUGGAAAAUCUGAGAAAAAAACCAAAUACCUACAGGUUUAAAUCUGAUGGAAGAGCGAUAGAUCCACAUCCACAUGGAAAGGGUGCACAACUCUUACCAGGGGCAUACAACUUCCCAAGUUUUCUAGAAAGGUUCAACACAUUACCAGCAACCUAUAACUUCAAAGCAGAAAGGAGAGACAAAUUUGAUACCCUCAAUCUCGGCACAAAAGACAGGGAUAUCAAUGUGAGCCCUAAUGCAUAUGCUUUGGAAAAAUAUUUGUCAUUGUCAGUAGAAAAACAACAAUCCAGACAUUUUAUGUUCAGAUCUCAACAUAAAAGAUUCCCAACAGCUCCUUUCAAACCGAAAAAAGGACCUGGUCCUGGGGAAUAUGAACAACAGAGCAUCUAUCCUAAAAUAAGUGUUUCAUCAAGCUUCAAGUCAAAAACACCAAGAUUUUCUAGUUCACAUACAGGUGGUGGCAAUAUUCGUGUUCCAGGACCUGGUACCUACGAGAAGACGUAUCAGUAUCCACAACCAGAUACAGUCACAACCAUGGGUAGGCAACAUGGCCUUUUCUUCUCAAGUGCCUUCCAGACAUAAGCUCUAGUCAGUGUUUAGGGUUUGAGUAGACUGUGCAUGCUUGCUUCAGAAGUUAUAACUUAAUUUAUACUUUACGGUGGAAAUUUGUCUCCUAAGUGAAUGAUCUUUAUUUCACAAAUCUAUGAAAUAUGUAACCAAUUUAAAUCAGAGCUUUUUGUGAAGAAGUUUUUUCAAAGAAUUUUAAAAUGAAGUUGAAUAUAAAGAUAUGUUUCUUUAUAUGGGUUGAUUUUCGAAUUGUAAUGUGGAAAUUUCUUUUAUAAAAUUUAAGAUCAUUCUUAUUCAGUU